AUGUCAAACAAUAAUGCGGUAGCAGUGCCGCGGGUGAAAACCAGCACAUCGACAGCUUCCAAAACCCCAUUUCACUUUGCCGCUGGUCUUUGCUCUGGCCUCACAUCUUCCAUCCUCCUCCAACCCGCCGAUCUCCUCAAAACUCGAGUCCAGCAAUCCCAGGGUGCCUCUCUCCUUCCAACCUUGAAAGCAAUCAUCUCCUCUCCAAACCCAAUCCGUGGACUAUGGCGUGGUACCCUUCCCUCAGCCCUCCGCACAGGCUUCGGCUCUGCGCUCUAUUUCACCAGUCUCAAUGCUCUCCGUCAAGCAGUCGCGCAGACCAACCCCAUGGCCUUGACUAGCCCAAUAAAUGCGGUCAAAUCCUCCUCCGUCCUCCCCAAACUUUCAAAUACAGCCAAUCUAACCACGGGCGCUGUUGCAAGAGUGGCUGCGGGCUUCGUGAUGAUGCCCGUGACGGUACUCAAAGUUCGCUACGAAUCUGAUUACUACGCAUACCGGAGUUUACUAGGCGCAGGACGAGAUAUUGUGCGAACUGAAGGUCUCCGCGGUCUCUUUGCAGGAUUCGGCGCCACAGCCGCACGCGAUGCCCCCUACGCUGGUCUUUACGUCCUCUUCUACGAACAGCUCAAGCGCCGCUUCUCCCUCAUGGCCACCAAAUCCACCAACAAUGAAACUCCAACCACAACUGUAUCCUCUUCCUCAAUCAACUUCGCCUCCGGCGCAGCAGCAGCCGGUAUGGCAACCGCCAUCACCAACCCCUUUGACGCUGUCAAGACCCGCCUGCAAUUAAUGCCCGCCAAGUACAAGAACAUGGUGCAUGCCACGCGACUGAUGCUGCAGGAAGAUGGCAUGCGCAGUCUGUUUGGUGGACUUGGUCUCCGCAUGGCUCGCAAAGCCAUUAGCUCCGCGCUUGCCUGGACCGUCUAUGAGGAACUUAUUCUGCGCGCUGAGAAACGCCUGGAGAGCAAUCACCAGAUGGGUCUUUAG